AUGAUAAACCUGCUGAUGAGCAGAGCAGCACAUAGUACAUCUAGGGAGAAGCUUAGGCAUCUGAUGUUGGUGCUAGUGACGCUGCUGCUUCAGUUGCCACUCGUGGCAUGCAAAACCGAAGCUUCAACGUGUCCUGGAAGUGAGCCCAUUCCUCUUCCUCAUGAGUGGUACCAGCCUGGGCGCCUCCUCAUUGGUGGGGUUUCUUCUCAGAUCAUGUACCUUUUCCCUCAGCUUUCCUUCCAGGAUCACCCAUCUCAGGAGCUGGGCUUUGAUUGCCCAAUUGUUGUGACAAAAUUCUACCAGCACAUCCUGGCCUUGGCAUUUGCUGUAAAUGAGGUGAACAAGAAUCCCAGGAUCUUACCCAAUGUCACAAUUGGGUUCCAUAUCUCUGAUAGCUACUAUGAUGCAAGGAUGACCUAUCGUACUACUCUGGAUCUACUCUUCAAAUCAUACAGAUUCAUCCCCAGCUAUGAAUGCCAAUACCCUAAAAAUCUCAUAGCUAUCAUUGGGGGACUGAGUUCUGAUAUCUCCUUCCAUAUGGCAAAUGUCUUAAGCCUCUAUAAGAUUCCUCAGCUCCACACAGCUCUUAAAGACAUUUCAUUUAACAACUCAGCUGGAGAAACUGUGUCCUUGAAUGAUAAUGAGAGGAUGGGAGGUGGAUUUGACAUUGUGAACAUGGUCACAUUCCCAAACACCUCCUUCCUUAGAGUGAAAGUUGGAAGAGUGUAUCCCAAGGAUCCAGAUGGAAAAGAAAUCAUCCUCAAUGCAGAUUUAAUUGUGUGGCAUGAAAGCUUUAAUCAGGUUCGUCCCAUUUCCAUGUGUAAUGAACACUGCAAUGCUGGCUAUCAAAAGAGGAAGAAAGAAGGGGAGAAAUUUUGCUGCUAUGACUGUGCUCCAUGCCCAGAAGGGAAGAUUUCCAUCCUGAAGGACAUGGACGACUGCUUCAGGUGCCCAGAUGAUCAAUACCCCAGCAAGUACCGAAAUGCGUGCAUCCCCAGAAAUAUAACCUUCUUGUCUUAUGAAGAACCUUUAGGGAUCAGUUUAGCUUCAGUUGCUCUUUCCUUUUCCAUCAUUACAGCCUUGGUGUUAGGAACCUUUAUUAAGCAUAGAAAUACUCCCAUAGUCAAAGCCAACAACCGGGCCCUCACCUAUACCCUCCUCAUCUCCCUACUGCUCUGCUUCCUCUCUUCUUUGCUAUUUCUUGGACAACCUGGGAAAGUGACCUGCCUUCUCCGACAACCCACUUUUGGCAUCAUCUUCUCAGUAGCUGUUUCUUGUGUGUUGGCCAAAACCAUUACUGUGGUUGUAGCUUUCAUGGCCACCAAACCAGGGUCCCGAAUGAGGAAGUGGGUGGGGAAAAGACUGGCCAAAUCCAUUGUGUUUAGCUGCUCCUUUAUUCAAGUGGGCAUUUGCAUUGUGUGGCUAGGAACCUCUCCACCUUUCCCGGGUUUUGACAAGACAUCACUAACUAAAGAAAUUGUGGUCGAAUGCAAUGAAGGGUCUGUCACCAUGUUUUAUCUUGUCCUGGGCUACAUGGGACUUCUGGCCAUCAUCAGCUUCACUGUGGCUUUCCUGGCCAGGAAGUUGCCUGAUACCUUUAAUGAAGCCAAGUUCAUCACCUUCAGUAUGCUGAUGUUUUGCAGUGUUUGGUUGUCUUUUGUUCCAUCGUACCUGAGCACCAAAGGGAAAUAUAUGGUGGCUGUGGAGAUCUUCUCCAUCUUGGCCUCCACUGCUGGGCUGCUAGGUUGUAUAUUUUUCCCCAAGUUCUGCAUUAUUAUACUGAUGCCUCAGUUGAACAACAGGGAGCAGCUAAUAAGAAAAAAGAAUUCAAGACUCUAA